AUGCUGAUCUCGAGUGCUGGUAAUUCCUUUACGGUUGGUGGCAACCACCGUAUUCCUAUCGAGGACAACGGCGAUGUCAAGAUGAAAAUCACGGACACUAAUCAAAACGAAGGAGAAGUCAACGUGCUAUAUGCAACACAGCUGAAGCUUAAUCUGCUGUGUUUGCUAGGCCAGUUCGAAGCCAACACUGGUGAAACAACACGCCCCUACCAGUUUUAA